AUGCCAAUGACGCUACCACUGGACUUCCUGACGCAGAUCGAUCCCGAUUGUCAGAGGAUCCUACAAAAUUUACCUCAGAUACAGUCGGAACUGUGUGACAACGAAAACGACGCGUCACUACUCAGGAAGUUCCUCCGCAACAAAGACCUUCAGCUCACAAUGAAGAUGUAUAAACGGCUUUGUAUCAUGAGCCAUCGGCGCAUGCGCCCGGUGACCCGCUCAUCCGUGGCAUUAGCAGCUAAUGCAUUCUGUGACGUUAGACGAGGUUCGGAGAAGGAGGCACGCAUCACUAGAGAGCUGCUACAGAUCUUGUCGAUGCCACAUGUACAGGCACUUCUUUACACUCACGAUCGUGUGGCAGCAGGAGAGUUUGAUCCGGUCGUCGACCAAGAGACAUAUGACGUAGCCACGGAUGAAAAGACACUAAAGAUUGUCCAUCUGGUCAAGAGCGAUGAGCCACUGGGAGUGACUAUUCAGAUGAAGGAGGAAACCGGCGCUAUAGAAAUAGCAAGAAUAAUGCAUGGGGGAGCGGCCCAUAGAAGUGGUCUUAUUCAUGUCGGAGAUGAAAUUUUUGAAAUCAAUGGUGUCCAUUUCCGCGGAAAGCAUCCUGAUGAGAUGGCUCAAACUCUGUCCAAAAUUUCGGGUCCCGUCACAAUGAAGCUCGGGCCUGCUGAAAAUAAUGCAGCAAAAUUUAGGGCUAGCAAAACCCGAGUUAAAGCUCUGUUCUCGUACAAUGCCGAGGAGGAUACCGUUAACCCAUGCGCUGAAGCUGGCCUGUCUUUUGAGAGGGGUGACAUUCUUCACAUCAUAUCACAAAGUGACGCCCUCUGGUGGCAGGCCCAAAAGGAAGGGGAGAAAAAUCAACGAACUGGUUUGAUUCCCUCGUCCAUAUUACAGGAAAGGCGAGAAAUGAUACGGAAAGCGAAUGAAGAGGAUGAACAAAACUCCAGAGGAUCACGAGCCAUAAGUCCGUGUAGAAUUAGCCCCAAAAUUCCGCGCUCAAAACGAGUUCGGAAGAUGAUGUACCAAGCAAUACUUAAUGGAGAGUUUGACCAUGGAGAGGUACCGACAUACGAAGAGGUUGAACUGUACACCCCUGAUCCAAAUAGACCUCGACCUCUUGUCCUUGUUGGUGCAACUCAUGUGGGCAGGAAUGAAUUAAAAAGACGCUUGAUAGCAUCUAACCCAUCUCACUUCACCGAUAUAGUCCCCUACACGAGCAGAACGCGGAGGCCGUUUGAAGAGGAGGGAAAGGAGUAUCACUUUAUAUCACGACAGGAAAUGGAAAGCGGCAUUAUUGCACAAAGGUAUGUGGAACAUGGCGAGUAUAAAGGGAACCUCUAUGGAACACGAACAGAAACGGUUUUAUCAGCAAUACAAGAAGGAAAAAUGUGUAUCCUCUGUCCAAGUGUACAGGCAAUAAAAUCACUCCGUUCUGCCGAAAUCAAGCCUUAUAUAAUUUUUAUCAAACCACCCGUCCUGGAGAAGUUGAAGGAGACCCGGCAGAAACAAGCCGCAAGCAUAACACUCGAGGAUGGAGAUACUCGCUUGUGUAGUAAUGAAGACUUUGAAAACCUUAUCGAAGCGAGUGACAAAAUGGAGGUCAGAUAUGGCUAUCUGUUCGAUUGUUCCAUAAUUAAUCAGAACCUUCAUCUAGCGACCAACGAACUGUUGAAAGUUGCACACUCUGUGGAAACCGAGGAGACAUGGGUCCCAGCAUCAUGGAUUCAAUGA